AUGGAGGUGCCGUCAAACCAGGAGGCGGGCAGUGGGGAGGACGGGAGAAACUCGCCCCUCUUCCGCAGGAGGAAGCUGAGGCCUGGCGACAGCCUGGACCCCCGUGGGCCCCGCCAGUCCGCAAGCCCAGCGCCAGCGCUCUGCGCGCCUGGGGCGCACGAGGCCAGCCGUCCAGGCCGCGGGGGAGGGCCCAGAAGGUCGCGCUUUCGACCAAUGGGGGCCCACGGCGAUGAUGUAAUGCGUGGUGGCCCGCAUCAGCCGGAAGCCCUGAAUCGAGACUCCCGCAGAAGCGCUGGGAGGACGCGCGGGAUGAGCAGCUGCCUGCAGCCGGGCCGCCUGCCCGGCCUCUGGCCUCAGCGCUCCGCCGUGGGAGAGAUGCGCCACCAGCUGCUCCCGGCUGCUGCUGCGGAGCCUUCUCACCCAGGAGCGAAGCGUCCGGCAGCAAGGCAGACCUUGCGCAUGUCGGAGCUCCCUCGCUUGGACCUGGGACCCAGAGGAGGAACACAGUGCCAGUUCUAA